CCAUUCAUUCCUUUCCUGCUUUCUUUCCUUCUUUCCUUUCCUUCCUUCCUUCCUUCCUUCCUUCCUUCCUUCAGUCCUUUCCUCCCUUUCUUCCUUUCUUUCCUCCAUUACUUCCUUCAGUCCUUCCUUUACUUCAUUCUAUCAUUCCAUUCCUCCUUCCUUCCUUUUCUUCCUCCCUUCCUUCUUUAAUUCCUUCCUUUCUUCUUUUUCUUUUUCCUUCCUCCAUUCAUUCCUUUCCUGCCUUCUUUCCUUCCUUCCUUCCUUCCUUCCUUUCCUUCCUUCCUUCCUUCCUUCCUUCCUUCCUUCCUUCCUUCCUUCAGUCCUUUCCUCCCUUUCUUCCUUUCUUUCCUCCCUUACUUCCUUCAGUCCUUCCUUUACUUCAUUCUAUCAUUCCAUUCCUCCCUUUCUUCCUUUCUUCCUCCCUUCCUUCUUUAAUUCCUUCCUUUCUUCUUAUUUCCUUUCCUUCCUCCAUUCAUUUCCUUUCCUUCUUUCCUUCCUUCCUUCCUUCCUUUUCCUUCCUUCCUUCCUUCCUUCCUUCCUUUCCUUUCCUCCCCUUUCUUCCUUUCUUUUCCUCCCUUACUUCCUUCAGUCCUUCCUUUACUUCAUUCUAUCAUUCCAUUCCUCCCUUCCUUCCUUUCUUCCUCCCUUCCUUCUUUAAUUCCUUCCUUUCUUCUUAUUUCCUUUCCUUCCUCCAUUCAUUCCUUUCCUGCCUUCUUUCCUUCCUUCCUUCCUUCCUUUCCUUCCUUCCUUCCUUCCUUCCUUCCUUCAUCCUUCCUUUACUUCAUUCUAUCAUUCCAUUCCUCCCUUCCUUCUUUCUUCCUUCCUUCUUCUUUAAUUCCUUCCUUUCUUCUUAUUUCCUUUUCCUUCCUCCAUUCAUUCCCUUCCUUCCUUCCUUCCUUCCUUCCUUUCCUCUCUUUCUUCCUUUCUUUCCUCCCUUACUUCCUUCAGUCCUUCCUUUACUUCAUUCUAUCAUUCCAUUCCUCCUUCCUUCUUUCUUCCUCCUUCCGUCUUUAAUUCCUUCCUUUUCUUCUUAUUUCCUUUCCUUCCUCCAUUCAUUCUUUUCCUGCCUUUCCUUCUUUCCUUUCCUUCCUUCCUUCCUUCCUUCCUUCCUUCCUUCCUUCCUUUCCUCUCUUUCUUCUUUCUUUCCUCCUUACUUCCUUCAGUCCUUCCUUUCAUUCUAUCAUUCCAUUCCUCCCUUUUUCCUUUCCUCCCCUUCCUUCUUUAAUUCCUUCCUUUCUUCUUAUUUCCUUUCCUUCCUCCAUUUCCCCUUUCCUGCCUUCUUUCCUUCCUUCUUCCUUCCUUCCUUCCUUCCUUUCCUUCCUUCCUUCCUUCCUUCCUUCAGUCCUUUCCCCCCCUUUCUUCCUUCGAUUUCCCUUACUUCCUUCAGUCCUUCCUUUACUUCAUUCUAUCAUUUCCAUUCCUCCCUUCCUUCCUUUCUUCCCCCUUCCUUCUUUAAUUCCUUCCUUUCUUCUUAUUUCCUUUCCUUCCUCCAUUCAUUCCUUUCCUUCCUUCCUUCCUUCCUUCCUUCCUUCUUUUUUCCUUCCUUCCUUCCUUCCUUCAGUCCUUUCCUCCUUUCUUCCUUUCUUUUCCUCCAUUACUUCCUUCACCUUCUUUCCUUCCUUCCUUCCUUCCUUUCCUUCCUUCCUUCCUUCCUUCCUCCUUCAGAAGGACUUCCUUCAGUCCUUCCUUUACUUCAUUUAUCAUUCCAAAUUCCUUCCUUUCUUCUUCCUUUCCUUCCUCCAAUUCCUUUCCUUCCUUCCUUCCUUCCUUCCUUUCCUCUUUCUUCCUUUCUUUUCCUCCUUACUUCCUUCAGUCCUUCCUUUACUUCAUUCUAUCAUUCCAUUCCUCCCUUCCUUCCUUUCUUCCUCCCUCCCUUCUUUAAUUCCUUCCUUUCUGAAAUUUUCCUUUCCUUCCUCCAUUCAUUCCUUUCCUGCCUUCUUUCCUUCCUUCCUUCCUUCCUUCCUUUCCUUCCUUCUUCCUUCCCUUCCUUCUUCCUUCCUUCCUUCCUUCCUUCAGUCCUUUCCUCCUUUCUUCCUUUCUUUUUCCUCCCUUACUUCCUUCAACUUCAUUCUAUCAUUCCAUUCCUCCUUUCUUCCUUUCUUCCUCCUUCCUUCUUUAAUUCCUUCCUUUCUUCUUAUUUCCUUUCCUUCCUCCAUUCAUUCCUUUCCUGCCUUCUUUCCUUCCUUCCUUCCUUCCUUCCUUCCUUCCUUUCCUUCCUUCCUUCCUUCCUUCCUUCCUUCAGUCCUUUCCCCCCUUUCUUCCCUUUCUUUUCCUCCUUACUUCCUUCAGUCCUUCCAAAUCAUUUCCAUUCCUCCCUUCCUUCCUUUCUUCCUCCUUCCUUCUUUAAUUCCUUCCUUUCUUCUUAUUUCCUUUCCUUCCUCCAUUCCUUUCCUUUCCUUCCUUCCUUCCUUCCUUCCUUCCUUCCUUCCUUCCUUCAGUCCUUUCCUCUCUUUCUUCCUUUCUUUCCUCCUUACUUCCUUCAGUCCUUCCUUUACUUCAUUCUAUCAUUCCAUUCCUCCCAAAGGAUUUCCUUUCCUUCCUCCAUUCAUUCCCUUUCCUGCUUUCUUUUCUUUUUCUUUCCUUCCUUCCUUCCUUCCUUCCUUCCUUCCUUCCUUUCCUUCAGUCCUUUUCCUCCCUUUCUUCCUUUCUUUCCUCCCUUACUUCCUUCAGAAAUUCUAUCAUUCCAUUCCCUCCCUUCCUUCCUUUCUUCCUCCCUUCCUUCUUUAAUUCCUUCCUUUCUUCUUAUUUCCUUUCCUUCCUCCAUUCAUUCCUUUCCUGCCUUCUUUCCUUCCUUCCUUCCUUCCUUCCUUUCUUCCUUCCUUCCUUCCUUCCUUCCUUCCUUCCUUCAGUCCUUUCCUCCCUUUCUUCCUUUCUUUCCUCCCUUACUUCCUUCAGUCCUUCCUUUACUUCAUUCUAUCAUUCCAUUCCUCCCUUUCUUCCUUUCUUCCUCCCUUCCUUCAAAAUUCCUUCCUUUCUUCUUAUUUCCUUUCCUUCCUCCAUUCAUUCCUUUCCUGCCUUCUUUCCUUCCUUCCUUCCUUCCUUUCCUUCUUUCCUUCAUUCCUUCCUUCCUUCCUUCCUUCCUUCAGUCCUUUCCCCCUUUCUUCCUUUCAAAAACUUCCUUCAGUCCUUCCUUUACUUCAUUCUAUCAUUCCAUUCCUCCUUCCUUCCUUUCUUCCUCCCUUCCUUCUUUAAUUCCUUCCUUUCUUCUUAUUUCCUUUCCUUCCUCCAUUCAUUCCUUCCUUCCUUCCUUCCUUCCUUCCUUCCUUCCUUCCUUCCUUCCUUAA